GCUGCAGGUUUGGAUUCAGGUGCAUUGGCAGAGCUGUGGAGAGAAGACCAAGAUAGAAAUAGUAGGGGAAGCUGCAAGUUCAAAAUAACAGACAUGGAGGUGCUCUGAUUCCAUGGAGAAAAGUGCCGUAGAAAUGCAUAGGCAGAUUAGCUGCAAAAAGGAAGCAAAGUAAAUAAUUUGUGUAACAUGAGCAAAUACAACACAUGUGAUGCUGAGUAAUAUUCCACCAUGUUCAGACAUAUCUGCAGCUCGGAACUACAGAGGCGGGGAGGGUGUUCAUUAAGUACAGGCCCAUGUGGAGAGUUCUAGUUUUACUGAUACUUGUGCUGAGAAGUGGAGUCAUAAACCCAGGAACCACAGCUCCGAUCUCCAAAUGGGCUCUCUCUUACCGUAAUGAGGCAAACACCAGCCCUGGGUUGGAAAGGGAAUCCCUUCAAAGUGAGAUAAAGAAGGGUGUAUGGCAGAAACUGCGAAGGCCGCAAAGCAGGGCGCAGCUGAGGCCUCCAAACCAAAACCAAAGUGGUGGUGAGAGAGAUGAGAUGUAGUGAGUGAAAAGGGAAGUGAAAAGACAAGAGGGAUGGGACUAGUGGGCAGUGACUGAGAAAGAGUUUGAGUUGUGGCUUUCACUUGCUUGGAUUCCUUCUACAAGCAAUGCUCCUCCCUGGAGGAGAGACUGGAUUAUCAACUAGUGGUUGGCUCUGGUGUGGCAGGAGGCAGGUUAUUGGACUAGAAGGACAACUAGUCAGCGCUGAUGUGGUGGCUCCUAUGGGCUAUGGAGCUGUUAAAUGGGCAGGUUGGGGGAGGGAGAUGGGUUGAGCGGGGGUGUUGCGUGGGCAGGCUUGGCUGACGCCUUCAGCACAUUUCCUCUCCUCCUCCCCUGAUAAAGGGCCGCCCUGGGGGAAGUGCAGAGAGCUGGAGCCCCCAAGGGACAGACACUGCUUGACAGACUGUAUCUCCCUCUGACAGAGGCCCCAGGGCUCUGUGAAUUCACACUUGGGUGGCAUUCAUCUAAGUCUCCGGGCAAUAAAGGAAUUUUGAAUCUGACUCGGACAUGAUGCGAGGAAGCUCAGACAGACACCCAGAUGCUGCCUGCUCCCCUCCCCAGUGCUUCGACCCCUUGACCAAGGGAUGUGUGAGGUGCACAGAACUGCCUGGACACGCCGAGGAGGACACAACAUGCCACAACAGCAUAGCCCCCACUUCAACCCAAGCACCAGCAUCUGGCCCAGGUUUGAUCUUUGGGAUCCCUGCUUUAGUGGGGCUAGUCCUGGUCCUGGCUGCACUCUGUGGCUUGCUGACCUGUAAAGUGAGGAGGAGGCGACAGAGGAAGAGGAGGAGCCCCGAUGAAAAGCCCAAGGAAAACCUGGACUGUGUCAUUUCCUGUGAAAGCGAGGCUUGUAAGGGACUGAAACUGCCAGAAGAAGAUGAUCUCGUACUGGCCACAUGCCAACACAUGAAUGGCGCCCUGAAGCAUGCUGGGCCAGCAGGAAGAGGAGAUUUCUCAAAGAGGAAGCCAGUCUUCCAAGGUGGGGCAGGAAGUGAUGUCAUUGAGCUCUCUGUUCUCUCCUCCAGCAAUGAAGAACGUGACCAUGGCUUUCCACUACCAGCAACAGAGCUGGGGGCCACUGUCCUGGUGACCACAAAGACCAUUCAGAAUAACUGCAUCACUGAGGAGAGACCAUGACAGCAGGCAAAAUAGGGCUGGCGCUAGCUGGUUGCCCACUGAAGGUGACAAAAUCGCUUCAUUUGGGUAGAUAAACUGUUGCAUGGAAAUGACUUGAAUCAGAACGAGACUUUUGCCUUAAGCGAGGUCAGCCUCCUAUGCCUUUUGCCUUUUAUAUUUCCCUUUUCACAUGGUGGUUGAAGCCAGGAAGUCCCAGUUACACCCCUAACCAGUGGAGGAUACCUGAAUCAAUUGUAUUGUCCCUGGUCCAUGAGCUCAGUAGCUGGAGAAGGUAGAAGAGAGACAGCAUGUGAGGAAAAGUGAUUGUUCAGAGCCAACAUACCAACUGCAUGAUUGCUGCACUGCCAGGCACUGGCGAGCUAGCAACCAUAUUUUAAGGGGAUGGGGUGUGUUGUGUGGGUGUGAAGAGGAAGUCCUAGGGAGAGUGGGAAAGGUAAAAAGGAAGAACAGAGUGAAAGUUUAAAUGGAAGGUGGGUGUUUCUCUAGGCCCUGAUCCUGCACAACUGAAAUCAAUGGGAGUUUUGCCAUUGGCUUCAAUGAAUGCGGGAUUGGGUCCUUAGUGGUGGUACAAUGCUAUGUUCUGUGGGGCCCUGAGCAAAGUAACAUAGGCCGGGCCCCAUCCAGCUUCCAUUCAACUUACAGUCAAGUCCUUCAAGCGUCAGAGGGCCCAUAACAUACACACACAGACACCUCUUCCUGUGACCCCUUCACACUGUGGCAACCCCCGCCAAGGCUCUGUGAAUCCCCUUGCAGGGUCUGGGAAGCCAGGAGGUGGAGCUGAAAUGCAUCUUCCCAAGCAGAGAAUGAGGAGGGAAGGAAAUCUUUGCAGUGACCAACUGGCCCUGGACUCAGCCAGGACCAUGGACAGAGAACUGGGGCUAUCACUGUGGCAGGCACUUGGGAUGUGUGUGCAUGUCCCAUUGGCCACCACUGCUUUAGUUCAUGUUUCUUCAGGAAAUACUAGUAUAUCAUGCCAACAGGAAUUAUAAUAAUAGAUAAUUUUAGCGUGAUGGGAGGGUGAGAGGGAAUAUUUAGCUUAUAACUGAUGUUUCUAUAAGGAUUUGUCUACAUGGGGAAAUUGACCAGCAUAGCUAUUCUGAAUAACUCCUUAUGUGGACACUCUGUUCUGAAAUAAAAGUGACUUUAAUCCAGAAUAGUUGCUAGAGAGAAUUGAAGAAGCUGCUACAGGGAACAAAAGCCUGAAUUCCUUGCUGCAACUGGUGCCUCCGACUUUCUCACAGCAGUCCUGACAGGAAGAGAGCAAAGCACUUUAACUAAAAUACAUCUGGCUGGUGGUGUAAAGUGCUUCACAUGGCUAUGCAGGUGGCCUGGAUUCAAGUCCCAGUCUCCCAUUCCCUCAUGGCUGGGAGUGCUGCAGAAACGGGGCUAAGUGCUCAGCAGCUUCUUCAUGGGAAGCCCACAUUCGAUUGCCUGUCUGUGGUGGUGUGUAGGGUAGGUGUAGCUACAGGCCACAGUGCAAGCCAAGCUGCAGCCACAAUUGUCACUGUGGUGUGUAGCUACAAACCAUAGUGAAAGUCUCUGGUAGUGGAGAGCUGCCGGAGCCUUUCCCCUCUGCCAGAGCUUUUCACUAUGGCAGUGGAAGCCUCUGGCAGUGGGGAGGCAAUGGGACACUACACUGCUAAAAAUAGCAGCACAGGCCCUGCUUGAGCAUAUGGGGAGACGUGUAGGGUACAUUCCCUAGUGUUCAGAUGUGUGGGGCACUGCACUCUACUCAUCUAAGCUGUGCCUCGCUGUCAACACCGCUGUUUAAACCCAUAUUAGCAGGGCAUACAGUGUCUCUACAUGCCGCCCUAAGUGUAGACGCACCUUCAGCAUCUCAUUGGCUCAGUCUGGAAAGGCUGUAGAAGCAUUGGCACCCAGGCAAUCACUGUGUCAUUUAACCGUGGUUACUGUAGCCCAUGCAGGGCCAGCAGUGACUGCCUCUGAAGGGAAGACCCCCUCAUCAUGAAACAGGGGUGCUUACUCUUUGUGUCCCAAAACCUCCAGUUGCUGCCAUUCACAACAGCUCCUCCUCAGAUGCUAUCCCAAAAUCCUUUGCACCACUUUCUAUAGUGGUUUCAAGGGAAGCAUUGUUGAAAUUAACAAAAUGGUUUAUGAGGCAUUCCUGGCAUUUGAAGGAGAGCCUGGUCCUGAGUGACAGAGCAAAUCUGCUUCACUGGAAAACUGGAGAGAGAAAGGAGGCAGGAUUGCAAACAUAUCUUCUCCCUCCCAUUUCCUCUCUGCCUGUGAUUACCAGGUUGAGACUUGCUAACGUAGACACGGGACCAUUUCUAAAAGGAAAGAAGUUUAAAAAAAAUCCUAAGAGGUGGAGAUGGAAAAGGCCUAUUCAUAGAUUCCAAGAGCAGAAGGCACCUUUGUGAUCAUCUAGUCUGAUCUCCUGCAUAACGCAGGCCAGAGAACCUCCCCCAAAUAAUUUCCACAGCAGACCUUUUAGAAAAACAGCCACUCUUGAUUCAAAACCUGUCAGUGAUGCAGAAUCCACCACAACCCUUGGUAAAUUGUCCCAAUGGUUAAUUACUGUCACUGUUAAAAAAUUAUGCCUAUUUCCAGUGUGAAUUUGUCUAGCUUCAACGUCCAGCCAUUGGAUUGUGCUAUACCUUUCUCUGCCAGAUGGAAGAGCCCAUUAUUAAAUAUUUGUUCCUCAUGUGGGUAAUUAUAGACUGCAAUUAAGUCAUCCCUUAACCUUCUCUUUGGUAAGCUAAAUAGAUUGAGCUCCUUGAGUCUAUCACUAUAUAAGGCAUGUUUUCUAAUCCUCUAAUCAUUCUCAUGGCUCUUCUCUGAACCCUCUCCAAUUUAUCGACAUCCUUCUUGACUUGUGGAAAUCAGAACUGAACACAGUAUUCCAGCAGCAGUCGCACCCAGUGCCAAAUACAGAGGUAAAAUAACCUCUCUACACCUACUUGAGAUUCCCCUGUUUAUGCAUUCCAGGAUCACAUUAGCUCUUUUGGCCACAGCAUCACACUGGGAGCUCAUGUUCAGCUGUCAUCCACUAUGACCCCCAAAUCUUUUUCAGAGUCACUGCUUCCCAUAACUAAGUCCCCCAUCAUAUAAAGAUGGUGUACAUUGUUUGAUCCUACCUGUAUACAUUGACAUUUCACUGUAUUAAAAUGCAUAUUGUUUGCUUGGACCCAGUUUGCCAAGUGAUCCAGAUCACCCUGAAUCAUUAACGUGUCCUCUAUACAAGUGGAUGAGCCCAUCUUGCGCCAAAGCAAGAUUGUUCCCCGCAGUACAUUUCUCAGUGGCUUGUCCAGUCUAGCUUGAAAAGCCGCAAGUGAUAGGGCAUCCACCAUCUUAUCUAAAACCACAGUGAAAUAUCCCUCUUGUGAGAUUCCUCUAAGCUAUGAAUAUCAGAGGUUCAUGUGGGCACCAUUUCAGUCCAUAUUGGAUUCUUCUGAGGCAAGUAGUAACCUACCUGUUCUGAAUAGGUUCUCCCCCGCCUCCCCCCACCCUGAUACUCUGACCCAGUGAUGGGUGAGAACACAUCAGUAUUAAUUCCCCCCUCAUCGCUGGAGUUAGGGGAAUUAUCUCAUUGCUGAAAUACUCUUGUAGAUGCUUCUUAUUCCUUAUGUUCCGUGCAUGGGACUGACUGGUUCUGCCCAUUGCCCAUGCAGGGGGAGAACGGUGAGAGGUCACAAAGAAAAUAAGUUGUAACGUUCACAAAUAAAGUGAAAUUGCUGUCAAUCCAAGGGGCUGCUCUUCUGUCUUUCUGGGGUGUCCAUGGGAAGGUUAUUCAGUCCUCACACCCACAUUUUUACUAUAGUGCCCAGUUGACACUAGUGUGCAAGUUCUCUCGCCACAGAGCAGGUAGAAUCAGGCCAACAGCAGUGGAAGCUUCCUCUACACAUUGUCCUCAGUAGAAGCUUUCUGUACAUACUGCUCCCUCAUGAGAAGAGACCACCUCUAAGAGUGGGAGGAGUGCAGUCUUCCAGGCACAUUUAAUCCUUGAGAUCUCUGCUGAGGCUGCCACCAUGUAUAAGACCAAAUGCAUGCCAGUUAGGAUGUGGAUACCUGCCUAUAAGAAGCUAGACCAAGUCUACGUAGUGUCAGGGCCCAGGGAGAUGGGUGGUCUGAUCUGUCAUUAGAGCCAGAGCUGGAGCCUAGCCUAGCGUCAGAGCUGGAAGCAGGAGUCAGAAGUCAGACAAGGCAGCAGGGCUGGAGCAAAGGAGUGGGACCGGAGCAAGGCUGGGAACAAGGUGGGUAGGCACAGGAGAGAUCACAGCUGCAGAUGUAAGCAUAGAGCAGCCAGCAACCUGCCACUGCUGCAGAGCUUAAACACAGACCUGUUGGGGCCUUGCAGCCAAUCUAGUGAGCCGGCCAAUCAGAUGAUUCUGCCACAGCCAGGCUCAUUACCUGGCCUGAGGGCUGAGCCAGCUAGCCCCAGGCUCAGCUGAGGGAACUCAAGCCCUAGUGCCUGACCCACAGACUGUUGGGUGGUGAUGACUGUCAGCCACUAGCAGCCUCCUCUUUAUUGCCUCCCAGGCUGCUUUUGGCUCCUACUGAAGUGUGAGAGGUUAAAGAGACUCCUCCAGAAACUGAUCUUUUAGUCCUCAACACCAAGACCUCCGGAUUUCACCUCUUCAUAGAUGUAUUUGUUCACCAGGGAAAACGUGCAACUGUGUUGGACUGCAGGGGAGCCAAAGAGGAAAAGGCUUUGAAAAGAACACAAGACAUGCCCCUUCCCACUACCCAGUUCCAAGAGGUUCACAUGAGCACAGUGUAACCUAGAACUGUGCAUUGACCAGUGGCCAAAAUCUGGCAGAGAACAGAACUCACACUGGUGCCGAGGCCAGAAAUCUGGUGCUGUAUCCAAGAAGCUAGUGAAAUCUGUUUAGGACUUGGAUAGGCAGCUGCUGGGUAAGUAGCACUCCAGCCACUCAUCUCUGGCAAUCUCAGUUAGGUCACUAGAAAAGCGAGUCUGAUGGAUUCAGCAUUGUCAAAGCUUCGUGAAUGCUUGUCACAAAACUACCAGCAUGAGCAAGGCCCAGGACUAGAACCAUAAGACAUGCUUCAGGCCAGCACUGAGAUGCACUGACUAGAGCUAUUUGGGAGCACUGGACAAUAGCAGGGGUGGGGCAGGGCAAGCGUGAGGGGCAUUGGCAGAACUGAGUGGGGGUCCCAGGACAGGAGUAUGGGGGGUGCUUCAGGGAAGUGUACUGCUAGAGCCGUACUUGGGGGGGAAGGGGAGGGAAAGCUUGCACGUGGCUUGUCUAUACUCUGGCACAUUAUACGAGCUGGGUUAUUAUUUUCUGUGUCUUGGCUAAAUUCCAGCUGGGGUAAUUAUACCUCACCUACUUAAAAUUCCCCCAGCAGUUUCAAUAGAAUGUAGCAUUCUUUGCUUCCUAUCCUCAACUGCUGCAUAGCGCUGCUAAUGUGUUGUUAGACA